CACUCACGCACGUGACCGUGAAAUAAAAAAUGUGGAAAAAGGAUAAAAAUCACCGCAGUUUUUAGAAGAAAAGGAUCAAAUGGACCCAACAACGUAUAAAAAUAUACAAUUACAAGAUGAAUUACUCCAAAGUCAAGUCUUAUUCAGCAUCAAAGACGGUAUCCAAAUUGCAUUCCGCACCGAUGAAGCCACCGCUAGAAAAUUGGACGAUGAUGAUGUUUUGAAAUGUUAUCUACGAGCUGUGAUACAAGGAAAGUUACUUUCACGUUUCGGUAUCGACGACUCGACGAAAAUCGAUACACUCGACAGAUCGGGAGUUUUCGAUGAAAGUAGACCCAUCGCAUAUCUGAGUAUUGCCGUUGGACCCUCCAAACUUGACCAAGGUGUAGAAGAAUUAGCUUGCUUCGAAACCGACGAACUAGGACAGCAACUCGAAGCCGAAGAAGAACCUAUCAUCAUCGAAGACACGUCCAAUUCGUGGAUCUCAAAUCAACAAGUACCAGAAAUAGUCGCAGGUCCGACGCUACGAUGGAAUUCCGAAAUGACCAGCCAACUGAUCCAAAUCAGAGGCGACAUGGAUCGCGAAUUCAACCGAGCCAAGUACAAAUUCCGCCUGUGGGAGCAAGUAGCUCACAAGUUGAACACCACCCUUCUCAACGUCAGCGUAUCGGCCAAAGACUGCGACGAUAAAUGGCGCAAUAUCGUCGCCACGUAUCGUAAAAAUAUCGAUAAACUCAAACAGUUCGGCGAGAGUAACGUCAGAUGGGAGUAUUUCAACGCGAUGGAUAAUAUUCUCAAAGGCAGCAAAGACCUCGCCGAUCCAACCAACGAUAACAACAACGGCGAAAGAAUGGCUAAAUUAAGAUACUCGCUGGACGAAACCUUUAAUCACAAACAAACCGGCUGUAAUACAUUAAUGUCCACCGACGACGUCGAAAUCGUCGACAUCGGUGAUACUGCCUCGGACGAAGAGAUGACCUACGCAGAAGACGAAGAAUGCCCUCAAAACUCCAUCAUCACCAGAAAAUUUACCAAUGAAAGACGUAUAUGGACGACUGAAAUGUGCCUAAUGUUAUUCUAUCUGCGCUGGAAAGCGGAUUCGAAAUUGUUAGAAAAUUACGACAAAGAUCAACUAUGGAGAUCCAUUGCUGGUGAAAUGAACGCCAAAUUCUUCACCGAUUUCAACGCCGAAGAAGUAGAAUCGGCUUGGAAAUACUGCCUGAUGACUUACGAUACGAAUUUAGAGAACCUGAAAUCCAAAGGAGUGAAUACCGUCAAAUGGAAGUAUUUCGCUGUGAUGGACGAGUUGAGAGGAGGCACUAGCGAAAUAUCCGAUAUCUGCGUACCUCGACCGGGUGAAAAAAUGCUCAGAAAAUUCAUCAAAAUUAAAUCCAAUAACGAAGUGUCCGAAUCGUUUAUACUUCCGGAUAACGACGUUUUAAGUUUCUCAAACGCCAACACAGUAACCGAAUCGAUGAAAGACAGCGACAGCGAAGACGCAACCUUCACCUUAAACAGUAGCACCAUCUGGACCAAAGACAUGGUCAAAACGUUAAUCUUCCUCAAAAAACAAAUCAACGAAGACAUCUCCUGCGCUAAAAUAUCUCGCAAAAAGCAAUGGCUCGUCAUGGCUCGUCGUUUCAGAGCGCUGAAAAACAUCAAAUUAACCGAAGAAGCGUGCGAAGAAAAAUGGCGCAACUUACUGCGAACCUACAAGAAAAACCUACUAAGGGUCAAGAACCGUGGAGCCACCGUGAAAUGGCCAUUUUUCUGGCAAAUGCGAGAUAUCGUAGGGAACAGCGUGUUACACGAUACCGAUAAUAAUAAAAGACUGCUUUCGGAUAAUUUGUCGUCUAGAUUGAGCACCGCUUCUACGUCGUCUAUGUCCAAGCUACCGGUAUCCGGUAUCGGUAUGGGCGGCGAUGACUACGACGACGAAGAUAUGCUCGAUGAUCGAACCAGUAUCCAACUAGAUACGCUGUUAACCUCGGUCAACGACUUGAGGCAUAAUCAAAAUAGAAUACUUCACGAAAUGGAUACGCACAAGAAAGCUUUGCAAGAAGUACAACAGGAGCAAGUUAACAUCAAGUGUUUACUAACGCAGCUGCUGCAGAAGUUCACGUGAUAAUGAUUUUAGUCUCGAUUUUAUAUUUUUCAUGUACCCGGGUUCUCUCAUUUUAUUUAUUUUUUUUUUCUUCAUGUACUCUGUGUUCGAUUUUAUUUUUCUUUCUUCUUUGUCACUUUCAAUGCUUUCAUUGUGUCAUGUCAUGUCGUGUAGUAAAAUAAAUGAUCAUUUUUUUACGUUUUCAGAA